AUGCGCAGGGCCAGAGCCGCCAAGGGGAGCCUGUCGCUCUGGUGUCAGAGCACGGGCACAAUGCCAGCCUCUCCUCGGAAGCAGGACUCCAAGCUGCUCAGCCGUGAAUCCAGGUCCUGCGGUCUGGAGUUUAUUUGGAAAAGCCAGCUAGUCCAGCCUUCAGGGCCAGUAGUAGUGCUGCUGCCCCUGGUGGGUGGGUAUAGCAGGAUCCUUAACACUGCCUGCCAGCGCUUGGCAAGGACUGGGGUAGUGUUGGUUGCUGCAGCUGGCAACUUCCGGGAUGAUGCCUGCCUCUACUCCCCAGCUUCUGCACCAGAGGUUAUCACAGUUGGGGCCACCAAUGUCCAGGACCAGCCAGUCACCCUGGGGACCUUGGGGACCAACUUUGGCCGAUGUGUGGACCUCUUUGCUCCCGGGAAGGACAUCAUUGGUGCCUCUAGUGACUGCAGCACAUGCUUCACGUCCCAGAGUGGGACGUCACAGGCUGCCGCCCACGUGGCUGGCAUUGUAGCCAUGAUGCUGACUCUAGAGCCAGAGCUCACUUUGGCUGAGCUGCGACAGAGGCUGAUCCACUUCGCUACCAAAGACGUCAUCAACAUGGCCUGGUUCCCUGAAGACCAGCGGGUGCUGACCCCCAACCUGGUGGCCACACUGCCCCCCAGCACUCGUGGAACCGGUGGGCAGCUGCUCUGCAGGACGGUGUGGUCAGCACACUCGGGGCCCACACGGACAGCUAUUGCUACUGCCCGCUGUGCCCCAGAAGAGGAGCUGCUGAGCUGUUCCAGCUUCUCCAGGAGCGGGAGGAGACGGGGUGAUCGGAUUGAGACUAUAGGGGGGCAGCAGGUGUGCAAGGCCCUCAGUGCAUUUGGAGGUGAGGGUGUCUACGCUGUCGCUAGGUGCUGCCUGCUUCCCCAUGCCAACUGUAGCAUCCACACUGCUCCUGCAGCCAGAGCUAGCCUGGAGACCCAUGCCCACUGCCACCAGAAGGACCACGUCCUCACAGGCUGCAGCUUCCACUGGGAGGUGGAAGACAUUGGUGUCCAGCGGCCGGCUAUGUUGAGGCCCAGGCAUCAGCCUGGCCACUGCGUUGGCCACCGGGAGGCCAGCGUCCAUGCUUCCUGCUGCCAUGCCCCAGACCUGGAGUGCAAAAUCAAGGAGCGUGGGGUCUCAGGAUCUACAGAGCAGGUCACCGUGGCCUGUGAGGCAGGCUGGACCCUGACUGGAUGCAAUGUUCUCUCUGGGGCAUCCAUCACUCUGGGGGCCUACGCCGUGGACAAUGUGUGUGUGGCAAGAAGCCGUGUGGCAGGCAGGACCAGUGAGGAAACCACGGUAGCUGCUGCCAUCUGCUGCCGGAGUCGGCCUUCGGCAAAGGCCUCCUGGGCUCACCAGUGAGUCUCAGGCCAGGAUGGUGCCUGCGCCUGGGUGCAGAUACACCUGCCUGGCUCUCCUGUAGCUGGCCACGGGUGGAGAGAAUCUGCCUGGGAAAACUUGGUGUCUCACCCUGGAUACCCCUUCCUGGUGUAUGUGUAGGGAAGCCCCUCCCUCAUGGCGGGGCCUGUGCUUGGCAAUCUAUCAUCAGAGAGGUUAAGUGGUGGUCAGCUCCGGCCAGCUGUUCCAGUGUGUAUCUGUCCUGUAGGAAGGUGAUGAGGGAGAUCCUUGGAGGUUCAGAGACCAAGUGCCAGAAUGGGGAAUUGAGUGUGAAAGCUGCUGGGACCCCUCAGAGCCUGCUCACAUUGGAGACACUAUUUGGGGCUCCCUGAUUAAAUCUGGACCAGUUCUGCACACCUCUAGGGGUGAUGAAUCUAGCCAGUGGCGGAUCCAGCUGUGAGGGCGUGCCUGUAUCUUCCAGAUGUCCUCAUCUGUUGCACCCCAGGCUUUGGCCCUGCUCAGGCUACCUGGUUGUAAGCCCCCAGCUUACCGCACUUGAGAGCCACACAGGGCUUACUCCACCUCACCCCACCCCCUCUACUAGCCAGCACAGUGAAGACGGGCAGCCUUACUUUCCGGAGAAAGAAGACAGGACCAGAGAGGGGCAUGCCUGGUGAUAUCACACAGCCAGUGUUGUCAGGACAUAAACCCAGAGUGGCUGGCCCUGAAGACAUGCCUCUUGGCAGUGCCAGGCUGGGUACUCUAUUUCUGAAAUAAGAUGGAGGCCAGUCUACACCUCAGCAGCUUGUUCCUGGAUCACUCCCCAGGGCACAGGCCCUUCCCAUGGCUACCCGAGCAUCACUCACAUGGACUGUGGAGAAUGGAGGACCGACAGGGCACACAGGCUGACAAGAGCCAACACCUCUACCCUCUCGGCGUUUCCUCCUUUUUAUAUAAACUCUCCCAGUGGCACUGCUUUUCUAACUUGAUAUUUAUUCUGGGUUUUGUAGAGUUUUUAUUAUGUAGUGAGUUUUCAGA